AGUUAAGCGCCUAUUAUUUUGCCAAAAAAAUUCAAACAUUAACGUAUAUUCCAAAAUUUCAAUUUAAUGACCGUGACAACGAUAUUUCGACCCAUUAUUUUCUUUUCGAUCUAAAAUCUCUAAUUUCACACUCUCUUUUCUCUCUCUCGAUUUUAAGGUGCUUAAGCAAUGGCAGGAAAAGGAGGAAAAGGACUCGUUGCAGCAAAAACCACUGCGGCUAACAAAGACAAAGACAAGAAGAAACCCACUUCUCGUUCUUCUCGUGCUGGAAUUCAGUUUCCUGUGGGUAGGAUCCACAGACAGCUGAAGCAAAGAGUCCAAGCUAAUGGACGUGUCGGAGCAACAGCUGCAGUGUAUUUGGCAUCCAUUCUGGAGUAUCUGACUGCUGAAGUUCUUGAGCUGGCUGGAAAUGCUAGCAAAGAUUUGAAGGUGAAGAGGAUCACACCAAGGCAUUUGCAGCUUGCCAUCAGGGGAGAUGAGGAGCUUGAUACCCUUAUCAAGGGAACAAUAGCUGGUGGUGGUGUCAUUCCUCACAUCCACAAGUCCUUGAUCAACAAAACUGCCAAAGAAUGAUUUCUUUGCUUUUGUUGUCAUGUGGCGGUGCUGUUUAUUUUAAUUAGGAGUGUGUUUUUUUAUUAUGACUUGAAUUAACUUGAAAUCAUGGUGAUCAAAGUAGGGUAGUUUUAGAAUUUUGAAUGAAUUGGUAUUGUAGUGUGUAAAUGGUGCUAUUCUUAUGUGGUCCUUUGGUUGGUUUAAUUUGUCUGUCUUAGAACAUGUUUAUGAUAUUCGAUCUGUGAUUUGUAGACUUCA